AUGCGAGCUUACUCAUACCUAGUGGUUGCACUGUCGGCGGUGGUCAUCGCAUCGCCAUCCAAGAAGCCUUUCUUCUACAAAGGUCACGACCUCUCCUCGUUGCAGAUCCUCGAAGAUGGCGGAGCGUCCUACAAGGACACUGCUCGUGGCAACGCAACCCGACCAGUCGAAGAUAUCCUAGGCGAUGGUGGUAUGAAUACUGUUCGACUAAGGCUAUGGGUGAACCCCACGAUACCCUUCGAUGGCCCACCAGGAUACUACGAGACAUAUAAUCUCAACUACACAGUAUCCCUAGCGCAACGUUUCCACGCAAAAGGUUACAAAAUCUACCUAGACUACCACUUCUCAGAUUACUGGGCCGACCCACAAAAACAAGCCCAACCAAUCGCUUGGCCAAAAACUCUCCCUCCACUCGCCAGGACUCUACGUAGCUACGUCUCCAACACUCUACAAACCUUCCACCAAGCCGGCGUAGAUCUCGCACUCGUGAGCCUCGGAAACGAAAUCCGCAAUGGAAUGCUCUGGCCCUUGGGUCGCGUCAGCGUGAACCUCGAACCCGAAUCCGCACGCAUUGCAAAUUUCACUGGUCUUGCAACUCUCUACACCGCUGCACGAAAAGGAGUAGAUGAUGCCAUCCGUACCGGGAUAUCGAAACCGCAGAUCAUGAUCCACAUUGAUAAUGGCUAUGAUUUACGACUUCAACAGCGCUGGUUCAGCGCUUUACUAGCGACUGGUACAGUUAAAAUUUCGGAUUGGGAUGUUUUUGGAUUUAGUAUCUACCCGUUUUACGGUACUGCUGCUACGCUGGCGAAUUUGAAAAAUUCCGUGAAUUGGAUUGCGGAGAAGUUUGGGAAACCUAUUCAUAUUGUUGAGACUGAUUGGCCGGCGAUUUGUACUGGGGAUGAGAUUCCGAGUUUGAGUGAGCCGGGUAUUGUUGCUUCUGUUGAUGGGCAGUUGGAGUGGGUUGGGAAGGUUGUUGAUGUUGUUAAGCAGAUCCCUGAUGGUCUUGGACAGGGAAUCAAUUAUUGGGAGCCGGCGUGGUUGAAUAAUACUGGGCUUGGUAGUGCAUGUCAGGACGCCAUUUUGUUCGAUGCUGAUUGGAGUGAGUUUCCGAAGGUGGUUGCUUAUAGUAGGAAGAGUGUGGGUAUGUUCAAGGGUGUGUAG